GGUUAAAUCCACCACCCAUCUAUGACACACUGCCAGCUGAGAAGACUGAUCACAUUAACACCUCUGCUCUUCUCACUCGUAGUCAGGCAAAACUAUCCGCUUUACCAUAUCUGCACCAUUCUCUGAAACCAGGAAUGAAGACUUGGGAGUUUAAGUUAACACAAGAGUAGUAUGCUGGAAGUGGGAAAGUGGCCGGUGUUUGCCCUCCUCCCCCCUGAGGAACUGCGGCUCAUCCGCCAAGCCUGUGUGUUCGGUAGCGCUGCGAAUGAAGCUAUCUACGUUACCGUCAAUGAUGAGGUGUUUGCACUGGGGACGAACUGCAGUGGCUGCCUGGGGCUCGGGGACACCCAAAGCACCAUUGAGCCCAGACGGAUAGACAUCUUGUGUGGGAAAAAAAUUGUGUCUUUGAGCUACGGCACAGGGCCACAUGUGGUCAUUGCCACUGCAGAUGGAGAAGUUUAUGCCUGGGGUCACAACGGCUACAGUCAGCUGGGUAAUGGCACCACCAACCACGGCCUGACUCCUGCCUUGGUUUCCACCAACCUCAUCAGCAAGAGGGUGACAGAGGUGGCCUGUGGCUCUCAUCACACCAUAGCCCUCACCACAGAGGGAGAGGUUUAUGCUUGGGGAUACAACAACUCCGGUCAGGUGGGCUCUGGAUCCACGGCCAACCAGCCCACCCCACGCAGGGUCAGCAGCUGUCUGCAGAAUAAGGUGGUGGUCAACAUCGCCUGUGGACAGCUCUGUUCUAUGGCCGUUAUGGACAAUGGGGAGACUUAUGGCUGGGGUUAUAACUGCAAUGGGCAGCUUGGUUUGGGUAACAACGGCAACCAGCAAACCCCUUGCCGAAUCGCCGCCUUACAGGGAAUCAACGUUGUACAGGUGGCAUGUGGAUAUGCACACACACUGGCUCUUACAGACGAAGGAUUUGUUUACUCUUGGGGUGCAAACUCAUACGGGCAGCUGGGUACUGGCAACAAAAGCAACCAGGCUGUGCCCACCCUCAUCAACAUGGACAAGGAAAGAUUAGUUGAGGUUGCUGCGUGUCACACCAGUCACACAUCAGCGGCGAAAACACAGAGCGGUCAGGUGCUGAUGUGGGGUCAGUGUCGGGGUCAGGCCGUGGCCUACCCUCACCUCACACACUUCACCAGCACUGACGAUGUCUUCGCCUGCUUUGCCACACCGGCAGUCACCUGGCAUCUUCUGUCUGUGGAUGGAGAUGACUACUUGACUGUUGCCCAGUCGCUAAAGCGAGAGUUCGACAGCCCAGAAAUCUCUGACCUGAAGUUCCUGGUUGAUGGGAAGUGCAUUCAUGUGCACAAAGCCUUGCUUAAAAUCAGGUGCGAGCAUUUCCGAGCAUUGCUGAAUGAGACGGAUGAAGAGACCAUAGAGAUUCAUCAGUUUUCUUAUCUGGUAUAUCGUGCAUUCCUGGAGUACCUGUAUACUGAUACCAUCAACCUCCCACCUGAGGAUGCCAUUGGUCUGCUCGAUUUGGCCACGUACUACCGUGAGAGCCGUCUGAAAAGACUGUGUCAGGAGACAAUCAAGAGAGGCAUCUCAGAGGAGAACGCUAUAACACUGCUCUCAGCUGCUGUCAAGUACGAAGCUCGGGAUCUGGAAGAGUUCUGUUUCAAGUUUUGCGUUAACCACCUGACGGCUGUCACUCAAACGCAGGCCUUCGCCGACAUGGACCACGAUCUGCUGAAGAACUUCAUUAGCAAAGCCAGCCGCUACGGAGCAUUCAAGAACUAACAGAAAUAUAUUGGCUAAGGAGGAAUUUUGCUUUGGCUCUGCUACAUCCAGAGAAGUUAUAGCUCCGAUUUGGAAAGAGAGGAGACAAACUUAUGUGGUUUGACUGUAAAGAAGUGGUAAAAGCCACAGCACUGGUUGUCUUCUGGGUCCCAGUGCCUUUAAAUUACAUCCCCAUCUGAAGCCCUAUGUAAAUGGAAGAAUUAAAGAUUGGAUUCAAAGGGACCAGACCAGUCUCAAAAGAUUGUAUUGAAAUAGAGUAGCUAAACGAAAAGUGCUUCAUGAGCAAGGGGUUCAUCUGUGCGUAAGCAAAAGGGAAGAUCAUCUCAUGUAGGAGAUGGUUGAUGGGAGAAAGAGUUGCUUUCUGUCACUGAAUUGUUGUUUUGGAUCAAGAUCACAAUAAUUUGUAAUAUAUUUCCAGUCGUUAAAUAUAUAAUGGAUUGGAAAGUUACAGUCAGCCAAACAAGUUUUCCAUCUCAAAUCCAUCUAUCAUUAUCAUGAUGGCCUUUAUAAAGCAGGCCAACAGUCGUACCUUCUGAGGGAGGUCACCUGUGUCAUAGGAUAUCAUGUUUUUUACUUCCUGACAUUAGAAGAAACUUAACACAAUAAUAUGUCAUUAGAGUAGUAAAGCAUUAUUUUUAAAUGUAGCAUUAAGUGGGUCCAAUUUAAUUUACUGAUCCAACUAAUGUAACAUGUUUUUGUUUAGUUUUUUUUUUACUGACAGUAAUGUUACUUUUGAUAUGUUUGCACUGUUUCUGUGUAAUUAUUCUGAAUAUGUCAGAAGGGUCAACAUCUGUGAUUUUCUCAAGUCAUCUUGAGCUCUAACACAAGUGUCAGGGUGAAAUCUCUCAAAAACUGUGAAGAACUGUUCAGGCCAUAUUUCAGCCCCCCAAAAAAAGGAAAUUAUAUUUUGCUUAAGAAAAGCCUGAUUGUUGGAUGUUUAAACUUUUAUAUCUAUAUAACACAUCAAAGUAUAAAUUUUAUUUUAGCAAGGUGUUAUUAAUGUUUUUUUGUUUUGUUUUUUGGACUGAAGUAUGAGUCAGAUAUUUCUUCAUGACUUUUACAGGUUGUGCAGUUGGGAAAUAGUGCUGUAUGGUGGUGUUGCCCAUAUUACCCAUAAACUAACCAUGUGCCCAUAUUAUGUCAUUCAUUAAUUUUCAACCAACCAAACUAGUCUUGAAAAAGCACUUGAAACAGCAAUCAUAUAAAGGUAUAUAAUUCAAGUGUUUACAGUAGGUUUAGAGGUGUUAAACACAACCUGACACAAUCAGAGAGAGCUUUCACUCUCUCUCACACGUCACAAUGUCUUCUUGAUUCUUGAUAGUCAGUUGUUACAGUCUGUUUAUACUUGUUUAUACAGUCAGGGGUUUCUGUUGGGUUGUAGAUAUUUCUACAUGAUUUCAUUCUUUUGUAACUCCAUAAAUGAGGGUCAGGACUGCGAAACCCUGCCCGAUUGCCAAGUUAGGGUUGUUAAUUAUUCCCCAGUGGUCAUGUAAUUAAUGGGGACAUAAAUAAUUUGACACUUGAAUAAUCUGUUUUAAGAUGAUACCAAACUUACUGUUUUCAUUUAAGCAAGUGUCAUACGGGACUUUUAAUAUUAAAAUAAAUAUCCUAUAUUAUAA